AUGGCUCAGGCGACGAGACGUGGAGACAGGGAGACAAGUCGGGGCAAACACUAUUUAGGGCUCAAAGUGAUGGCAGCAAAUGAGCAUGCCGUAGCUGAUAGGGCGCUUCCAUCCCGUCGCCUCCGCCGUCGAGUAACAGCGACAAACGUGUGCUGUGUGCUGGGCUGCUGCUUCACCGAUGCCAAUCACCAGAGCUGCCACUACACCAUCCAGUCACAUGACCGGGAAAGCACCAGCAGAUCCCAAGCCUGCUGCGGCAGUUAUGCGGGCCGCUGCGAAUCCAGAAACGACCUGAAGCCCGAGGGUUGGGUCCGCGCCAGAGCCUGUGGCACGGAUCCCCUAAAGACCUCCCGACAAUCCUUUAAGCGGAUGCAACGACCCAGUGCUGCAGAGUCCUUGCAACCCACCAAGCAAACCCAGCUGCUCGACUGGUCUAUGCUGCUUCAGAUGGCGAAUCACCAUCGUGGACCAGCCGACAACAACGACAUGGGUGGCAUGCGGUCUGAUGGGGGCCGGGGUAGGGGGGUGGGGGUUGGUCGAGACUUGAAAUCCACAGGCGGGUUCAGUUCUGGCCUGGUUAAAGAAGUCAUAUGCCGUCAUUGA